CUAGGCAACGGACGGCGCGGAGGUGAUCAUGUCAUAGCCGGCGGACGGAGACGCGGCGCUCGACUCACCGUGUGCUGGUGGCAGUAAUUCCUACCUACUUAAGAUGGAAGAGUUUUUUGGUGACAAUGGAGAUUAUGACGAGGAAGCAGAGGAGAAGAGAUACUAUAGGCGAAAGAGACUCCUAACGGUGAAGAGCGUAAUAUCCGCAAGCCUGGGCGCAGCCAUAACAUAUGGGGUGUAUCUGGGCCUCCUCCAGAUGCAGCUGAUUUUACAUUAUGAUGAGACUUACAGAGAUGUGAAGUACGGUAACAUGGGACUGCAGGACAUCGAUAACAAGAUGCUGAUGGGCAUCAAUGUAACUCCAAUCGUUGCCCUGCUGUAUACUCCUGUUCUCAUCAGGUUCUUUGGCACAAAGUGGAUGCUGUUCCUCUCCUCUGGGAUCUACGCUUUAUUUGUCUCCACAAACUACUGGGAAAGAUACUACACACUUGUCCCUUCAGCCACUGUCAUCGGGGUCAUGAUUGUUCCCUUUUGGGCAUCGAUAGGCAACUACAUUACCAGGAUGGCUCAGAAGUAUUACGAGUUUGUAAAUUAUAAGGAGGAAAAUGUACGGGAACAUCGCAGGGUUCCCCGAGGAGCCAGCCACAGAUACAUCAUCAUCUUCCAGUGCAUCUUCUACUCCUUCUUCCAUAUGAGCUUUGUCCUCUCCCAGUUUCCGAUGUACUUCUUCCUCAACAAGUUCCUGUAUUCCUAUAACCACACGCUGUGUAACGUGCAACAGUGCGGUGCCUCAAUACAGCACGGGAUCCUCCCAGGGUUCAACGUGACUGUCCUCCACUCUCUACCUCCAAGCCUGAGCCUCAUCUAUGUGGAAAGUGCACUCAUGGGGGCAGCGCUGCUUUCCAUGCUGCUGAUUCUGGUCCUCUGUGGUUCUGCCUAUCGGCCCACUGAGGAGAUUGACCUGCGUAGUAUUGGCUGGGGUAACAUCUUCCAGCUACCCUUCAAGCAUGCCAGGGACUACCGCCUGCGCUGUUUGGCUCCCUACUUCCUGUAUAGCGGCUUUGAAGUGCUGUUUGCUUGCUCAGGAUUUGCCCUGUGCUAUGGAGUGUGCUCUCUGGGUCUAGAGAAGCUCCCGUAUCUCAUAACAGCCUACGGCCUGUCGGCUUCUAUCUUUUCGUGGCUUGGUCUCAGUUUUCUCCGCCUGCCGCGCCAGGUCCCGAUAGCAGGCGGGGCUGUACUGCAUGCUUGCAUCCUGAUUGGUCUGUUUUUCUGGAGUCCGAAACCCAAAGAACAAUCGCAGAGUUCUGUGUUGUACCUGGUGGCUGUGCUGUGGGGGAUGGGCACCGCCCUGAACAAGACCGGUCUCAGCAUUAUUAUAGGCAUGUUUUAUGAGGACAAAGAACGUCAAGACUUUGUUUUUACCAUAUACCAUUGGAUGCAAGCAAUCGCUAUAUUUAUUGUAUAUCUAUGGUCUGGAUUGCACAUGAUGGCCAAACUGGGGAUCAUGCUGGCCUCUGCUCUGAUCUCUGUCCUCUCCUAUCUAUGGAUGGAGCACAAGAUCAGCUGCAAGGUGCCGCCCCGCGUUCCCAAGAUCCCAGCACCGCGCCACAAGGUGAAAGGUUACCGCUACCUGGAAGAAGACAACUCUGAUGAGUCUGACUCUGAAGGAGAUGAAAGUGAUAAAGAAGAAAGUGAGAAAUCAGGAAGCGAGGAGGAAGAUAAUGAGAGAGAGCUGCCGGUCCGGGAGCGGAGGCGGCUCAAGCAGCAUAUGGUCUAUGAGCAGGCAGUGGAGGAGGAGUGAUGUAGGCUGACCUGGCCACACAGUCUGUAUAGUCUCCUCCUUCCAUCAGUUCCGUGGCUACAAUUCGUUGUAUUUUACACCUGUGGUCUCAGCUUUGCUCUUGUACAGUCCAGGUUUUGUGACCAAUCGUCAGCACAUCAGGGUUUAUUUGUAACUCAGUCAUUUGCUGACUGUUUGCUGAAACCUGCACUUGAGAUUAGGCAUAGUAAACAUGGGCCCAGACACUGCACUGCAUAUACCUAUUCCUCUGAAGACCCCUAACACAGCUGCCUGAGCUCUAUGUGGUGAAUAAAGCUACCUAUGAAGUCAGUGCUUUUGUACAUAUAAGGGAUUAUAGCAAUAAAACCACUAGUCUCUAACUGUAUAAAUUAAUUUUCAUUAGAAAUAGAACCGUCACCACUGACUGUUAUAUAGUGUGCAUGAAGGCUUUUCUAGUUUAUAUACAUGGUUAUAGUCUUUCCUGCAUAAAACAAACCAAAAAAUAAAACAGCUGUCAAACUAGCUGUUCACCAUAAACUCCAAUGGAUCAGUGCCCCUAGUGGUCAAUCAUCCAAAGGAUCAGUGCCCCUAGUGGUCAAUCAUCCAAAGGAACAGUGCCUCUAGUGGUCAAUCAUCCAAUCGAACAGUGGCCCUAGUGGUCAAUCAUCCAAAGGAACAGUGCCUCUAGUGGUCAAUCAUCCAAUCGAACAGUGGCCCUAGUGGUUAAUCAUCCAAAGGAACAGUGCCUCUAGUGGUCAAUCAUCCAAUCGAACAGUGGCCCUAGUGGUCAAUCAUCCAAAGGAACAGUGCUCCUAGUGGUCAAUCAUCCAAAAGAACAGUGCCCCUAGUGGUUAAUCAUCCAAAGGAACAGUGCCCCUAGUGGUCAAUCAUCCAAAAUAACAGUGCCCCUAGUGGUCAAUCAUCCAAUGGAACAGUGCCUCUAGUGGUCAAUCAUCCAAAAGAACACUGUCCGUAGUGGUCAAUCAUCCAAAGGAACAGUGCCCCUAGUGGUCAAUCAUCCAAAGGAACAGUGCCUCUAGUGGUCAAUCAUCCAAAAUAACAGUGCCCCUAGUGGUCAAUCAUCCAAAGGAACAGUGCCUCUAGUGGUCAAUCAUCCAAAAUAACAGUGCCCCUAGUGGUCAAUCAUCCAAAGGAACAGUGCCUCUAGUGGUCAAUCAUCCAAAAUAACAGUGCCCCUAGUGGUCAAUCAUCCAAUCGAACAGUGGCCCUAGUGGUCAAUCAUCCAAAGGAACAGUGCCUCUAGUGGUCAAUCAUCCAAUCGAACAGUGGCCCUAGUGGUUAAUCAUCCAAAGGAACAGUGCCUCUAGUGGUCAAUCAUCCAAUCGAACAGUGGCCCUAGUGGUUAAUCAUCCAAAGGAACAGUGCCUCUAGUGGUCAAUCAUCCAAUCGAACAGUGGCCCUAGUGGUCAAUCAUCCAAAGGAACAGUGCCUCUAGUGGUCAAUCAUCCAAAAGAACACUGUCCCUAGUGGUCAAUCAUCCAAAGGAACAGUGCCCCUAGUGGUCAAUCAUCCAAAGGAACAGUGCCUCUAGUGGUCAAUCAUCCAAAAUAACAGUGCCCCUAGUGGUCAAUCA